AUGGUUCCCACCGUCACACUACCAUACUAUGCGUCUAACAUACCUUGCCCGCUACCCACAGCUUCAGAGAUCAAUGCAGCAGCACCCAACGUAUCCCUAGCAUAUGGAGGACGAAGAAUCGUUGAAAUCGGAGAACAUUCGGUAGUGAAGUUUGGAAAAGGCGUGAACCUUAUCGAAGGAGAGAACAUAUUUGUUCAAGAAAAACACCAGCAUCCGGGGUGCUCUGCUCGGUAUAUUCAGCAGAAUGAUCAGCAGCUGUUCCUCAAGAAUUCGAAAGUCUUUCUGCUCUUCGCGACGACCCCGGAUCCUUCACCCUCGCAGCCUUGGACACCUCCAGCCCUUGAGAGCCUUGACGACGACGGAAUGUGCACGACAGUCAACAGUCGCCUCCCAUGGGGAUCUUUUCCGCUACACUUCCGGAAGAUGGCUGUAAGUGCUUUGACAUAUCCGCUCAGCGUUAAUGAACACCUGCGUUUAUCGGAACGCUUCCUCGAAUUUGAUGUGCUUGCGCUUCAAAACAUCGUUUCCACUGCAUCUGGUCAUUCAGUAUCCGAACUCAGCUCCUUUACUAAAAUAUCAGAAGGUGGUUUCAACCGUGUGUUUGAGGCUACCUUCAGCGAUGGAAAAUGUGUUCUCGCGAGAUUACCCUAUCCAAGUACAGCGCCAGAGCAUUACACUGUAGCAAGCGAAGCAGCGACUCUGGACUACUUGCGCCUGCAUGGGCUUCACACACCAGAGGUAUAUGCCUGGUGCUCGACGAAAGUCAAUCCAGUUGGAGCUGAGUAUAUUAUUAUGGAGAAGUUGGAUGGUACUCCUCUCGGCAAUAGAUGGUUUUCAUUGACCCCAAAGGACCAGUAUAAGAUAAUGACACAAAUAGUUGAAUGGGAGACGCGCUUGAUGUCGUUGAAGUUCCCUGCCUCGGGGAGUCUCUACUAUUUGAAGGAUAUUCCAUCCGAAAAGAGGACAAGGCUAGAGGAUCCGAGCAGCAUGGCGUUCUGCAUAGGGCCAAUAGCCCAUUAUAGUUGGUGGCAUGACGAGAGGGGCAUUAUGGAUAUUGACCGCGGACCUUGGCCAUCACCAAUCGACAUUUUCCGAGCAGCUGGUGAACGUGAACUGACCUGGGCUAAAGCCUAUGCAAAGCCUCGCUUGCCCUAUGAGCGGCUUUAUAGGGAAAUCUACAAAUUUAAAUGUGUCUCACCCGAUAGUCACAUGGCAGAUCUUCCGAAUAAUAUUCUCGUGUCUGACAAGAACGACAUUAUUGGACUUGUAGAUUGGCAGCACUGCUCAAUUCUUCCUCUGGGCAUUGUUGCCGGAAUUCCAGCUCAUUUCCAGAACUAUGGCGAUCCAGAGUCAGAAAUGCUCAGACAACCUCAGCUUAACCUGCCCUCUGAUUACGAUUCCAUGUCACCGUCCAAGCAGACUUCGAUCAAAGAAAUUCAUCGCAGAAGAGUGGUUCAUUUCCUGUACGCCGCAUUGACUAAAAGACUAAAUCAAGAUCAUUAUGAUGCUCUCUUCGACCAGUCUGUUAUACUCCGCCAACGCCUUUUCAAGAGUGCCGGUACACCCUGGGAAGGGGACUCGGUCUCAUUGCGAGCUGAGCUCAUUCGCUCGAUAUCGAACUGGUCAGCCAUUGUCCAGACUACUGAUAUUGCUCCUCCGGUAGAGUAUCCAGAAGAUGUUGUCCGGGAGACCUUUGACUUAGACAUGCAGCAAAAAGAAGCCGAUGUGGCAAUGGAACAGAUGCGACAUGCUUUAGGUGUCGAUGUUUUGGGCUGGGUACCAAAUGAAGGUUAUGAGGCUGCGAGAAGACUGGCAUGUGACAUGAAGGUUCAAAUGCUUGAAGCGGCAGAGACUCCUGAUGAGGUUAUUGCUAUCCGAGAUCAUUUCCCUUUUGAUGAUUUUGACGAAAGGAGUUAA